AUGAUUUUGAAAAAUUCAAUCGGUUGCAUUCUACUGCUACUCUUUCAGUGUGAACCAUGGACAACUGCAGAAAAAGCCUUUGAGCUUGCUAAUUUGCAUCUACUUCCACCAGGAGGCUAUACAAGACUAAUCAACAUUAAUGCAGAAGAGUAUCCAAGGGACUGCAGUGAGAUUUUUAAUUCUGAAGAAAACCCCGCAGAUGGUCUUUAUGUCAUUCAGCCUGCGAAGGAGCCCAUUGGAGUGUACUGCAAUAUGCAAGAUGGUGGCUGGACAGUAGUUCAACACAUUACUGCCAACAGUACCGUGGACUUUGAUAGGACCUGGCAGGACUACAAAUAUGGAUUUGGCUCAAUUAAUGACAACCACUGGUUAGGCAAUGAAUAUAUGCACCAAAUAACCAGUUCUCCAAGACUAUAUACACUUGGGGUUAAACUUGUAGACCUUAAUGCCCAGAUCAAGUGGGGAGAGUAUGAGCCAUUCCAUAUUGAAAAUGAAGCAUCUCAAUACAGGAUCAGGCUUGGUUUGUUUAAAGGUAACGCUGCUGAUGCCCUGUGUCAGGAUACAGAAGCUUAUCUCCAUGAUAACCAGAAAUUCACCACAAAAGACAGAGAUAAUGAUAACUAUUUUCAAAACUGUGCCAAACUUGAGUACAAUGGUGUUCCUGGUGGAGGCUGGUGGUACGAUGCUUGUGCUGGUGCAAAUCUAAAUCGCAGGAAUGUUAUCUACUGGCAACAGGACUGCAACAAAAAGCAUAUGUGCAAAUAUGCCUGGAUGUUGGUCAAGCCAGCUGACCACAGCCGAGACUGUUCCAAGGUUUGUCGAUUUCAAAAGGAUGAAUUGUAG